AUGGAAGGAAAGAAUGAAACAGCUCUUACUGAAUUCAUCAUUUUGGGAUUCUCCAAUCUAAAUGGAUUUGAGUUCUUACUAUUCACUACUUUCUCUUUCAUUUAUAUUUGUACUCUGGGAGGAAAUAUAUUUAUUAUCUUGGUGACUAUGGCUGAUUCACAUUUACACACACCCAUGUAUUUCUUUCUAGGGAACUUGGCCCUUCUUGACAUCUGCUACACCACCACCAAUGUUCCCCAGAUGAUGGUGCAUCUCUUAUCAGAGAAGAAGAGCAUUUCCUAUGGGGGUUGUGUGGCUCAGCUUUUUGCUUUCAUUUUCUUUGUGGGAUCAGAGUGUUUCCUCCUGGCAGCAAUGGCAUAUGAUCGAUACAUUGCAAUCUGUAAGCCAUUAAGGUAUUCAGUUAUUAUGAAUAAGGCUCUGUAUAUGCAGUUAGCAGCUUCAAGCUGGACCGGUGGCUUUCUCAAUUCAGUGCUGCACACAGUACUGACCUUCCACUUGCCCUUCUGUGGUAACAAUCAGAUUAACUAUUUCUUCUGUGACAUUCCUCCUUUGCUGAUUUUGUCUUGUGGGGACACAUUUGUCAAUGAAUUGGCAUUGCUCCUCAUUGGCGUGUUCAUUGGUUGGACUCCUGUCCUGUGUAUUGUCCUUUCCUACUUUUACAUAAUCUCUACCAUCUUAAAGAUUCAUUCCAUGGAAGGGAGACGCAAAGCUUUUUCUACAUGUGCCUCUCACCUGACCAUUGUUCUUCUCUACUAUGGUAGCGCCAUUUUCACAUAUGUGAGACCAAUCUCAACUUACUCACUAGAGAAAGACAGACUUAUUUCAGUGUUGUAUAGUGUUGUCACCCCCAUGCUAAAUCCUAUCAUUUAUACCCUGAGGAAUAAGGACAUCAAGGAAGCUGUAAAAGCUAUCGGGAGAAAGUGGGGGCUAUCAGUUCCUUCUACUGACAUGUAA